AGCAACAGUCAUGAGAGGAGAGCAACACAAAGAAGAUAAAGUGAUAAGGAAUGGCUCCAACAAAUAAAAGACAAAUACUUAUAUGUCAUAUUCUAUCAAUAUAGUCCCCAUGUUUUAAAGUUAUCUCACUUCUCUGACAUACAAAUUAAAACUCUUUAGUAGCUCUCUAACGAAAGCAAACACAGAGAACACAAGAAUGGAGUUCCGUGGAGAUGCCAACAAGAGGAUUGCUAUGAUAUCAGCUCAUCUUCAACCUUCUUUCACUCCUCAGAUGGAGGCCAAGAACUCUGUGAUGGGACUAGAAAGCUGUAGAGCGAAAGGAGGGAACCCAGGAUUCAAAGUAGCCAUUCUUGGAGCUGCAGGUGGAAUAGGACAGUCUCUAUCCUUGUUAAUGAAAAUGAACCCUCUCGUCUCUUUACUUCAUCUCUACGAUGUUGUCAAUGCUCCUGGAGUCACUGCUGAUGUUAGCCAUAUGGACACUGGAGCUGUUGUUAGAGGAUUCUUGGGAGCCAAGCAACUCGAGGACGCCCUAACCGGUAUGGAUCUUGUGAUCAUACCAGCUGGUGUGCCGAGGAAACCAGGGAUGACACGUGAUGAUCUCUUUAAAAUCAAUGCUGGGAUUGUUAAGACACUAUGUGAAGGAGUAGCGAAAUGCUGUCCUAAUGCUAUAGUUAACUUGAUUAGCAACCCUGUGAACUCUACUGUCGCUAUUGCUGCUGAGGUUUUCAAGAAAGCUGGAACUUAUGAUCCUAAGAAGCUUCUUGGUGUUACUACACUUGAUGUUGCUCGUGCCAACACAUUUGUGGCUGAAGUUCUUGGCCUUGAUCCAAGAGAAGUCGAUGUACCAGUCGUUGGAGGACAUGCUGGAGUCACAAUCUUGCCACUAUUGUCACAGGUUAAACCACCUAGCAGCUUCACACCAUCAGAGAUUGAGUACCUCACGAACCGGAUUCAAAACGGUGGAACAGAAGUUGUGGAGGCAAAAGCUGGAGCUGGAUCUGCAACACUUUCAAUGGCAUAUGCUGCAGCCAAGUUUGCAGAUGCUUGCCUUCGCGGGUUAAGAGGAGAUGCGAAUGUCAUUGAAUGCUCUUUUGUUGCUUCACAGGUGACAGAGUUAGCAUUCUUUGCAACCAAAGUGCGUCUUGGACGUACAGGAGCAGAGGAAGUGUUCCAGCUUGGGCCCUUGAACGAAUAUGAAAGGGUUGGUCUGGAGAAAGCAAAAGAAGAACUAGCUGGAAGUAUUCAGAAAGGUGUCGACUUCAUCAGGAAAUGAAAUCAAGAAUAAUCACAGAGAAAAAAUAAAAUCUUCUUCGUUCCUAAAAUCAUAUGAUCAUGUACCACUACUACUUACUCAUCAUGCCCAUGUCCUGCUUUCUUCUUCUUCUUCUUCAACUUUGUAAAAAUUCCUUUAUCAGUUUGUAUAACACUGUGGUGUCUUAAACACGGGUUUUGAUGAAGUGAAGUUUCGACAUUACAUAUGUCAACAGCUA